GUAUGUGGGUAAGGUAUAAGGACAAUUUUUCUUUAUCAUGAAGAGACUAAAUAAUUAAAAGAAAAAAGGAAAAAGGUAUCCUAAGCUGGGAGACAAGGAGACGAAGACGGAGGGAAACAGUAAAAUGACAGAUUAGGCAUAUAAAAUGGAUACAGAUUACAAUGAAAAAAUAAUAAGGGUUUUGAAGAAGUUACUGGAGUCCGAUUUUAAAAUAAAAAAUGAUGUGUACCUCAAUUCAUUACUGACCCACCUGACGAAAGAGCCAGAAAAUGGUUGCGACGAGGCCUGGAGAACCGACAUAAAUCAGUAUGUCUCGUGCUGGAUAGGGGAUGCCGUUACUCAGUGGGAAAAGUUAGGAGUGUAUUCGGCCCCGGCAGUUUUAUCGUUCACAUUGAAUAUAGCCAGUUACAUAUGUAAAGAUGAACAAACAUUUGUGAUGCUGAACAGCCGUAAUAUUUUCGAACGUCUAAUUACACUGAUCGGUAUAAAGAAACCGACCACCGACCCGUCUGUAAAACUAGGAUACAUUCGACUGAUUUCUUCGUUUCUAGAUCACAAGUCGGGUCUACAAUGGAUUAUUUCUACAAAUUAUUGGGCGGACAUAAUGUGUUUAACUUUAAAAAAUCAAACAUUGUACAUUACAAAAGAAGGUUAUCGGUUCGUAACGGCAUUGUUAAGAAAGUCUAUAAAAAUAAACGAGAGUUUCUGUCACAACGUUAUACAACUCAUUGUGGCCCCGUUGAGUACAAAUUCUCCUUGCGUGUCCCCUAGUGCAGUGACAAACGUUUUGGAAGUGAGAGACCAAGCGAUCUACCAGUCUCUGUGUACCAGUUUAAUGCUGCUGACUGAGAUUUUACAACUAAUGUUGGAAGACAUUAAUUCGGACAAUAAUCACAAGGUAGUGAUGAUCUUUAUUGAUAAGUUCAGUUUGGAACAGAAGUUAAGGAGUUUGUUGGUUGUAGCACAAAAUGAAGAAUUUGUAUUCGAUUUGUACAAACUGCUGUUCCUCAUCACAAUGUUCGAGUUGUACGAUCGGUUUUCCGGAAAGAAGAUUAUAGAUGUCGAGUCGGCAAGUGAUAAAUCAUCGAAAGUGUUUAAUAUAUUCUCAGAAAACGUCCACAGGGGAUCAGUGAUUAAUAUUUUGAAAUUGACUUAUACGGGAUACAUUUAUUGGCAGUGUAUCGGAAGGUUCAUGCCAACCUGUGUAAGGAAUGUCGACGAUCCCGUACCCUUACUCUUUGAAAAUCAGUUGCUGAUGUUGCAGUUAUUCCCAAUCAUUUCGGUCAGUUUGAGAUUGUUAGGGGAAAAAGAGGCGGAAGAGAGACUGUCUGAAGACGAAGUGCGUGAACAUUACGUGGACCAACUCUUAAAAAAGUCUAUUCAGUCCACUGUGAGAAUAUUCUAUUUAUGGAGAAAUUACUUGGCAAACAACCCCUACAUGUUUGACCAUGCCACUUUGGCAUUAAAUUACCUAAUUAAGUCGAAGUCAAGGUUUACGCGAGAUCAGGGCGUUGCAGCCUUCCAGACGCUGAUAUACUGCUUGCAGGAUAUAAUUAAUUCGCUAAAAAUGAAACCCGAAAAUAUUUUAAUGUUAGCUAAGGAAUACAAUUAUAUGGCGCUGCUUUUGGACGCUAUUGCGAUUUUUAUUAACGAGUUUAAUUUCACCUGGAGGGACAGUUUGGAGUCCAUCUGUGUCAUGAACCUGGCGUUUGAAUUUCUGAGCAUACCGACGUGGCCGACCAAGUUGGUCGUGAAGGGUCUCAAGCUAGUAAACAUAUCGAUAGCGAAAUACCUAACACCCAACAUGGCCCUACUGAUAGAUAAUGUCCGAGAUUCCACAAUGUCAGCAGUUGGACCCCUGUUGUACGCCAAGCUACACGACCCCACUUGGGAAAUCAGGGACUCGGCUCUCGAAGUACUCUGCACGAUAUCACACAAUGCAUUCAAGAAAUUUCCUUCUUUCCGGAAUAUCGUCCUGGACGCCGACCUGCCAUCUUUGAUUUUGAAAAUGGCUUUGCUUGAUGGCGAGUCUUUCGUCAGGGCUACGGCUGUGAAAUGCCUUCAGGAAAUGGUGAAACUGCAAGCGUUCUGGAAUAACUUGUUGGAAAGUAGCAACGUACAUGAAAAAAUAAUCCAGAUCCUUCAGCACGAAACGGAGGGCAUAGUGCGAUGCGAAGCAGCUUCCCUGGUGGUUGAUAUCUACAAACAUCGCGACAUUCCGAUAGAGACGCUGACCAAAUACUACGAUAUAAUGACCCACGCGGCCACCGCAGACCUGCACUGGGAGGUGAAAGUGAACGCGUUGAAAUUCUGGGAAAGUGUCAUCCAGCACCACUUGACGCACCAAGGUAUGAUAGACGGCUGUUUUCCAAAGGUGACGUUCUCCAAGGAGCACCGGAAAAUUGUCACGUUGAACGAGCCAGAGGUAAGGAAAAGACUGAUUAAAAUUCUGCAUCAACUAAGCGAGACGGGGUGUCUGGCGGUGCUGAUAACGACGCUGCAGGACGACUGCGAUUUAGAGGUAUCGAAAACUGCGACGGCGAUCAUCCAAAAAUUUUCAGAGUUGCUGAAGAAUUACAAAGUACACUCUUCCGAUACGAGUCUGAGUACUCCACCCAGUCCUCUCGGUUCGUUCAACGUCGCGCCGUCACCGCCUUACUCAAACGCCAUACCCGGCACCUCGACCGGUUCCAGUCUGAAUAUGUCGCCCAUGUCCCAGCUGAGCGACGGCGGGCAGCAAAACAGCUGCGCGAAUCACUUCGAGGACAUCACGGAUUCUAUCCUGGACGAGAUCAUCAACUCCCAGGAUAUGUGUCUCCUGCAGGACAUGUACAACCCGUCAGAUCAAAUGUCUAAUAGUAGUUUAAAGCUGAGGUUUAGGCGGGUGAUGACGCCGAGCGAUUUUUUGAGGUUCGUCGAUACCGACCUCGACGCGCACGCCAACGACAAGGCGAAGUGGCUGAGGGGGAUGGACGCGUUCGAGUCGUUAUUAGACGACAUACUGAAGGAAUACAACAGCAGCGAUGUGAAUAGUAUGGACUGCUACUAGUUUGUAGGUUUGUUUUGCUCUAGGAUAAACGGGCGAGUGUUUGCUUCAUUGUGGUCGAUUUAGUUGUAAGUAAGAUACGGGUGGUUUUGAAGGAAGCUUCCGUAAAUUCAACAGCUGAUGGAACAUCAAAAAGUAAGCCCAUUUUUUCCUGUCGACAUAUCCAACAUUUGUUACAUUGAAAUUUUGUACCGGUAAGUUUCGAGAAUUUUUGAAAGUCGACGUUAGUUUUCAAGUCUCCCGUAGGGGUCGCUAGCUGCAAUUUAUCUCGGUGCCAUUUUUAAGACGAAUUUUUUGAGGUUAGGUUUUUUACGUUUUGUGUUUCAACACACAAAAAGGUUCUCCCUGUAGUACUGCUCUUUUUAUCAAGUACAUUUCAUCAAAGUAAAAUAAAUCUUAUUGUCAGAGCUUUUAUUUAUUAAAUGCAAUAUUACUAGCAAUAAGACGAUAUAUCGAGAAAUUCACAGUGCGGCAGAAUGUGUUUGAAAAAAAAGCGAGGAUUAUCGUAAUUAACAAGAGUACCUUUUUGCUAAAAAUCAAAUUUUAGUUUGUGACAUGCAAUUUUAAUGUAGGAAACCUAACCUCAAAAAAAAAGUCUUCAUAUGUUACGGAAAGAUUGCAGUUAGCGACCUCUUCAAGAUAUCAAAUUUGUUCCCCUACAAAUGGUCCAAUGUAAAAUGAUGUUAUUUUUUUUGUACUAACAGCUUCUGAAUUUACGACACUUUUUUUCAAUAUAGCCAUUAUAAAACACUUAAAGGUAUCGGAUGUUUUUUGAAAAUCUGGAAGAUGGAGAAGAAAUUUCAACAAACUAGGCGAAAUAAUCUAAAAAUUGAUUUAGGUUAGAAUUUAUUUACUGAUCCAAAUUUUGUACAAAUGUUGAUAUGUUUACUGUUCAUUACGCAACACUUUAAGGGUUUUUUAAUACUCUAUUUUUUUUUAUAUCAUUUCAAACGUUGGAACAAAUUAAUUUGCUUUAAUAAAGUUUUAUUUGUCAUAAUUUUUUUAUUCCUAAUGUGACGGAAAUUGCCGUAUUUCCCGGUAUAUACAGGGUGAUUCAGUCAUAUCCAAAAUAAAAAUUCUGGAUGGACUCUUACAAAUACAAUUUUGUAAAGAAA